CGUACCAUCUCCACCUCGCCAACCCUGCCCACCGCUUCCUCCCGCUCCAUUACUCCUCGCUGCUCGCCGCUCUUCCGCCGCUCAGCUCAGUCAAGCAACCAUGUCCGGUAGCUACUCCUCGCGCCUCCGCGGUGGGGGUGGCGGCGGAGGUCUGGGCGCGACGACGCUGCUGGCGGCGAAGGUGGCGUUCGCGUCCGCCGCGCUGGCCGCGGCCGCGUCCCUGGCGCGCGCCACGCUGCCGCAGAUCGUGUCCGGCACCGACAACUUCCUCUGGAAGCUUUAUCUCUUCGUCACCGUGCACGUGAUCAUCUUCGUCAUCUGGAAGCUCUCCGACAACAAGCACUUCCACGCCGCCGCGCAGCAGCACAAGGAUCCGUGGGCGCCGGUGCCCCACAACCCCGCGCACCCGCUGCUCACAGAGCAGGCGGUGCUUUCCUCCAUGAAGCGCAAGGUUGAGUUCGCGCCCGCCGCCGCCGUCGUCCGGGACGAGAAGUACAGCGUGCCGCCGCCGGUGUCGCGGCCGCACCUUGAGCCUGCCGCGUCUCCGGUUGACGAGGUCGUCGUCUCCCCGGGAUCUUGCGGCGGCGAGUCCUGCGUCACGACGGAGUCCGAAGAGGACGCACCCUGCUCCGCCGUCGCCGCGUCGGCCAACUUCGCCACUGCCGACACGUGGCGGAGUGUCGAGCCUGCCCCGGCGCCGGCUCGGAAACGCGCUGUUGCAGUGCCUGCCCCGAUUCCUGUGCGGCAACGCGCGGAGGUCGAGCGGGUGGUCUCUCUGCCUCCACCUCCGGCCACGGCAGAACACUUCGACGGCGCCGACCAGCUUGACGGCGCCGACGACGACCUGGACGCGACGUGGAACGCCAUCAUGCAGAAGAAGCGUCCCUCAACGGCGCCGGCUUCAUCUCCCUCGGCACCGGCACCGCGUUCGUCUCCUCCACCGCCGGCCCCGUCGCCGCGGCCGAGAGCCCGCGAGCCGUCGGUCGGCGCGGCGGAGCUGAGCAAGCGGUCGGAGGAUUUCAUCAAGAAGAUCCACAACUCCUUCGGCCGUCAUCAAUAAUCCUUCCCAACCACCUCCUCCGAUCCAAAUCUCAAAUUUUCUUGGUGUAAAGACAUUAGUUUUUCUUUCUUGGUGUGCCUGCCGAUCGCCGGAGCGGAGCAGGGCCGAGCUCAUCAGACCAUCACAUUUAGGCUGUGGAGGUUCUGGAUGGAUGGAUGGUGGUGGUGCUCUGUGGAAGUAGUAGUAGCUAGAGAUCCUGACCUUUAAAUGUGCUGCUGAAAUGAUGGUUUUAGCUGGUGCUUGGUUGUUAGGUUUCUCCUUUUUUUUGGUGGCCCUGGACUGGCAUUUCUUCUUAGAUACUUUUCCUAGUCUUUCACUGAUUAGUACAACAGUUCUGAUUGUGUUGCUGAUACUCCUGGGCAGUGGGUGUGCUUGUGAUUAUGAACUGUUGUCUGUCACAUGCUGUGUCUGUCUCUGUAUGCUUGCUGUCUACAUGGAAGUCACUGGUCAAUGGCCAUGCUAC